UACAUUUUCCCAAUUGUAAAGGAUUUUUUGUUGGAAAUUUUUGUUGUCUUUCUAUUUGUUCUACUUGACAAGUUCUAAGCAAUCUUUCUUAGUAAAUUCUGAAAACUUGCAAGUCCCUACUCAAUAACACAAAAAGCAAGUGAAGGAAAGUUGAUGUGAGAAUUAGAGCUAGUGCACCCUUGAAUUAGUGAAACGUGAUUUAAUCCCCUCAAAGUCCUUUGAUUUUUCUGUAGAGGUGGUGGGGGGAAAGUUGAGAGGCAUUAUUGAGGAAAGGGGAAGAGGCCUUUCAGCUUGGAUUAGGUUCAGGGAUUUGAGUUUAUGCUGCUUGUUGGAAAGGGUGGAAACUUGUUGUAGAGACGAAGGCUUGGUGAGGUGGAGAAAAGCUUGGGAGGGUCGGAGAAAGUUCAAGAUGGAGCGUUGUUAGAAUGGGGUAGGGCGUUAUUUAUUUUGUUCAGUUGUGACUGAGGAGGCGAAGAAGUAUUUGUUGAUUUUCCUAAAGGGAGGGGCCUCCAUGGGGGGUGGUCUGUUUUGUGUGGAGAAGCUUCGUUUUCUAGGAGUCGUUCCCUUAGUAGAGAUUAGAGGAGUGGUCUCCCCUAUAGAGGCGAGGAGUAAUCCAAAGGAUGGGACUGUUGUUGGGACUUUUGCAGAUGCAGUUAGGAAGGAUAUGACCAUGGUGGGAGAAGCCAUUUGGCUUGAGCUGGGGGAGAGUGAGAUGAAGUGUAGGGAGGAGCAAUUGAGGUGGUGUUUGGUAGGGUGGUUUGUAGAGGUUUUAGACCCGCUACUUGGUUUAAUUUCGUUGAAAAGUUUGGUGACUAAUGUUUGGUCUUUGAAAGGAGGGGUUGAAAACCUCAGUCUUGGGGGGAGCCCUGCAUUUGUUUGAUUUUGACGAUAGCUCCAAGGCAGAGAGGGUGCUUGCAAGAGGCUCAAGGAGAAAGUUUUGCAUCUAGUAAGGUGGAUUCCCGAGGUUGGGUGUUUGCUUAAAGUGGGGUUUGCUACGGAAUUAUGGGUGAGGAUGUUGGGACUCUGUUUGCAUCUGUGGAGUUAGGAGGUGUUUAAGAAGCUAGGGGAUUAUUGUGGGGGUUUUGUCGCUGUGGAUAAAGACAUUGUGCUUUUGUCUCAUUUACGGUGGGCGAGGAUCUUGGUUAAGUCUGAUUGGAGAGCUAUGCCCGACUCCUUGCAAGUGAUAGUGGGGUUUUCCAGUUUUUCCAUUCACUUGUGGUGGGAAGCUCCACCUAGUUUUUCAUUGGUGAUCGGUCCUAAGUAGUAGCAGCAGUGGUUCUUGUGGGCUAGAGGAAAGGGGAGGUGUGGAGGAUGGUCGAUGUUCAAACAUAGGAGUGGGAAAGGAAGGGCAACCCUGUUAGCGUGCAGGCGUUGACGUGUUGCAAUUCAGUGGUAGGAAUGCUCAUGCAGGAAAGGUUGCAACUUUCUGUCUUGCAAAAGUUGUAGGAGGGUGGGAAGACUAAGGAGGCGAUGAGAGGCAUACAGCUAGAGAAGGAGGGGUCAAUUUUGUUGAUCCUUGUGUUAAGGAAGGCUUUGGUGGGGUUGAGUUAAGGACUUGGAGUUUGGGCCACUAGUGGAUGGGUGGGUGCCAGGAAACUAGAGGUCGUGUUUCCUUUUAGGCUUGAGGCCUUAGUGGGCCUGUUGCUUUAGAGGCCCCUUCGAUUUGAUUAUGAAGUGGCGAGAGCAUUAAGAGUGGGGCUAUUCCUAUGAAAAGUUAAGUUUGGUAGGGGGGUAGUCUUAAGGGAGGGUUGUAUUUUAUUGGAAUUGGCUAAGGGAGAAAAGGGCUCGUUAGGGCUUUGCAAAGGGAGUCGUCUUUCUACAGAGGCUCAAGUGACCUAGCAGAGGAGUUGUGUUGGAGAUGUGGUUGAGAGGUAAGAGUCGUUUCCAGCAUUGGUGCCGACAUGCUCCUGUGUGGCAAUCACCGACAAAGCCCUCAUGGCAGAGGUGAACAGGUAUCCUAGCCCUUCUUUCUCUUCUUUGGGGCUUUUGGACUCUAGAAGCUAACUGCUAAGGAUGUUGCUUAAAGAUGGUAGUUUGUUGGAGAUUUCAAGAAGUUUCGUGAAGGAUCCUUCAGGUAAGUAGUUGGUGGUUAGGGCUGAGGAGCUAGAGCCCUCUAAGGCCAUGGAGCUUGCUUGUGAUUUGAGGGGGAGGAUCUUGAUAGCCUUCCUAGUAAGUUUGUCUUGUUGCAUGGUUUGAAAAUGAGAUCAACUCCCUUCUAAAUAAAUUGGAGUCAUGAAAAGGGCAUGGGAUUAAGUUCUCAAACGGAAAGGCAAAUCUUCCCUUGGCAUCCCAUUUUUAGAGGAAAAUCCGAAAACCAGAGUGUUUGGUUAAUUACAAUAGUUCUCCGCUCACUGUCAGGGGAAGGGGAGGAGCAUUGGGGAUUCAACACUUGUUUUGCGAGGUUGUUGUUUUGUUUUUAGUGUUUGGUUGAGGGUUUUGGGUUGUGAUUGGGUUUCCGGUGGGGGGUGUAACUAUGUCAAGGUUGUUUCGUGUGUGGAUAUUUCUUGCUAGACUGUGAAAUAAUGUAAUGACUUCUUAAUAAUCAUUAUCAAGUUUCUAAAACUAAAAGAUUAACAUAGACUUUAUGAGACUCUUGUUUUAAUUUUACAUGAAAUUUGGUCAGUGACUUCAGAGUUUCAGUUCCUCCUUUUGUAAAAUAGUUAAUGUUCUUAAGGUACUAAUUACUUAUUGUUAUUUCAGAUUUUGGAGGUGAUUAUCUUUCUCAUUGAAUUAAUCCUGAUGCAUACAUAACCAUCUUUUCUAUGGAUUUUUGGCAUUUUGCUUGGGAUUUCGUGAAGGCUGAUGUGAUGAGUUUCUUUAAGGAAUUCUACGAAAAUGGUAAAUUUGUUAAAAGCCUAAACGCAACCUUCAUGGUCUUAAUUCCAAAAAAAGCAGGGGCUGAAGCUUUAGGGGAUUAUAGGCCUAUAAGCUUGGUGGGAAGUUUGUAUAAGUGGCUGGCCAAGGUAUUAGCCAAUAGGCUAAAAAAGGUGGUUGGAAAAGUGGUCUCCAAAGCUCAAGGGGCGUUUGUGGAAGGUAGACAAAUCCUAGAUGCAGUGUUGAUAGCCAAUGAAGCCAUUGAUUCGACCCUUAAGAAUAAUGAGAGUGACAUUUUGUGCAAACUAGAUAUAGAGAAGGCGUAUGAUAAAGUGGACUGGAAUUUUAUUCUCACAAUCAUGAAGAAAAUGGGUUUUGGGGAGAAAUGGAUUAGGUGGAUUCAAUGGUGCAUAUUCACUGCAAGUUUCUCAGUGAUGAUCAAUGGAACCCCUACGGGCUUCUUCCAAAGCUCUAGGGGGUUGAGACAGGGCGAUCCCCUUUCCCCCUACCUCUUUGUCAUAGCUAUGGAGGUCUUUAGUGCUUUCAUCAAAAGGGCCGUAGAGGGAGAUUUUUUAUCAGGUUGUAGGGUGAAAGGUCGGAGCGAAGAAGGGGUCCUAAUUUCCCACUUGUUGUUAGCUAAUGAUAUACUGGUGUUUUGUAAACCUUCACAAGAUCAGUUGACUUACCUCAGUUGGCUUCUUAUGUGGUUUGAGGCUACUUCAGGAUUGAGAGUAAACUUGGAAAAAAGUGAACUAAUUCCAGUAGGGAGGGUGGAGAAUAUGGAUGAUCUUGCUAGGGAUUUUGGCUGUAGUCUGGGUAGUCUUCCAACCACCUAUUUGGGGAUGCCCCUGGGUGCUCCUUUUAAGUCAGUUACAGUUUGGGAUGGUGUGGAAGAGCACUUUCGAAGAAGGUUAACCAUGUGGAAGAGACAAUAUUUAUCCAAGGGAAGAAGGGCAACUCUCAUUUGUAGUACGUUAUCGAAUUUGCCCAUCUAUUUAAUGUCAUUGUUGUGCUUACCAAGCUCAGUUAGACGGAGAUUAGAGAAAAUCCAAAGGGACUUCCUAUGGGGUGGGGGCAAUCUGGAGCGAAAGCCUCAUUUAGUAAGAUGGGAGUUGGUGUGUUUAAGUAAGUCAAAAGGAGGAUUGGGGGUUAAAAGCCUUUCCCUCCUCAACAAGACUCUUCUUGCUAAAUGGAAUUGGCGUUUCGCAAAUGAGAGAGAGGCCUUGUGGAAUCAAGUGAUUAGAGGGAAGUAUGGAGAAGCUAGAGGGGGAUGGUGCUCACAGGAAGUGAGAGAGGCUCAUGGUAUGGGUUUGUGGAAAGGAAUAAGGGCAGAUUGGAAGUUGGUGAGUGAUAGGUUGGCUAUCAUAGUUGGUAAUGGGAGAAGGGUGAAUUUUUGGAGGGAUAGAUGGUGUGGGGAGUCUCCUCUGUGUAUGACCUUUCCCUCUCUUUUUGCUUUGACGGUUGAGAAGGAAGCGUGGGUGGCAGAUAUAUGGGAUCCCUUGGCUGAGGGGGGUUGGGGGGGUUGGAACCCUUGUUUUUUAAGAGCGUUCAAUGACUGGGAGGUAGAGGAGGCGGAAAGAUUUAUGGAGAGGAUUCAGAGUAAAAGAGUUAUUGAGGAUGUGGAGGAUACGGUGUCCUGGACUGAAACCAAGAGUGGUAAAUUCUCGGUCAAGUCUCUCUACAUAGCUCUUGAAGCGGGUGGUUUAUCUUUGUUUCCUUCAAGCUUCAUUUGGAAUGUGAAUGUGCAGCCCAAGAUUAGCUUCUUCGCAUGGGAGGCUACGUGGGGCAAAGCCUUAACAUUGGAUAUGGUCCAGAAAAGAGGAUGGGCCUUGGCGAAUAGAUGCUUUAUGUGUCUUGAGAAAGAGGAGAACAUAAACCAUCUUCUUCUUCAUUGUUCAAGAACGAGAGCGUUAUGGGAUCUUCUUUUUGCUUUAUUUGGGGUGUCUUGGGUUUUGCCUUUUUCAGUUAGAGAGACCCUUCUAAGUUGGAAUGGUUUUUUCCUGGGCAAAAAUCGCAAGAAGGCGUGGAGAGCUGCUCCUCUUCACAUUUUUUGGACGGUUUGGAAGGAGAGGAAUAGAUUGGCUUUCAAGGAUGAAUCAUUGUCAAUUCAGAGAUUGAAACACUCUUUUAUUCUUACUUUAUGGGCUGAGGCUAAGUUGUUCAUAGACGAUUGCCCUCUAACUAUAGCUAAUUUUAUUGAUUGGUUGGGUUCUAAGUAGGUUUGUGGUAUUCGGUUCUCUUUGACUUUUGGCCUUUUUGAAGGCGGGUGUAUAGGUAUUGUAUACUUAGAGUCGCUAUUUUAGCGUCUCUUUUUUAAUGAAAUUCAUUUACUUAUCAAAAAAAAAAAUACAUAGCCAUCUUUUCCAUCUUUUUUCCCCCUUUUAGUACAAACAGUUGAAGUGAUUUAGUGACUGGAUAUGCUAAUAUCAUGUCACGUAAUGUUUUGUUUUCAAAAUAAAGUUUGGGACACGUCUUCAGUUGUUUUUGCUCUGACUGUGUUGUAGCCUUACCUUGUCAAUUUUGAUUGUACUUAAGUAUUUUAUAGUUUCCUCAGUGUCCUGGUUUUACUUGCAAAAUCCAGAAUAUAAAAUCCGUGAAUCUACAUAUCAGUUUAUUUUAGCAUGCAGGACAAGUGCUCAUGUUCGUAGAGAGAAUGCCAAUUAGCAUUAUUGCUUUUUACAUGGUUGUUUGUAGGGAUGACAAUGAGACAGGUUUUUUAGGUUACUUGAUUAUCCUACCCUUCUAAGGACGACUUUGGGAAGGAAUAAUCAGUGUAGGUGCAGGUUUGGGAUUUGCUUUAACCCGUUUCAGAUUAAGGGCAGGUGUUUAUAGUGCCUGCCUUGACUAUAAUUGUACUAAAUCAUUCUUUAUGUUUUAAAUAUUUGCCAAAUUGCCAUUAGAUAAAUUUCCCCAAAUCUUAAUCUACUCGAGUUCUUCUGCACAUUGCUUUCUCCACAGCUACAAUAAUGCUAGAUGCCUUCUUUGCAACCAUGAUGCCAUCCCUUGACCACAACAUCAAAUAUAAUGCUUCAAGAAGUUCCAAUACUCUCUCAAUGUCAUUUUCCAUUACUUGGAGAUUGAUGUGUUUCUCUUUUCUAUUUUUUUGGCAAUCAAACACUCUUUUUGGGGUUUUGGACCUUUGUUAAUUUUUCUUUCAAUUUUCCUAACAACCAAGUGUUUUGAUUUACUUUGGCUCUGCAUGUGCUUGAAUAAGUGAGAACACUAGAGUGAUUAGAAAACAUUUUACCUAUCAAAUGCUAAGUUUGCAUAUGACGAUCCGAUGGUUAAGUCAGCCAUCAUAGUGAGGAUUCCUAAACAAAAUAAGUAUUGACAGUAGAAUGCACAUCUUCUUUGUCUUUUGCUUGAGUUUAUAAAGUAGUGGUGAGGUUUAACCCUCAUUCUCACCUAACCUUAUUAGGUAGACCCUAGUGCUUUAGUGUUUUGCAUUAAAUGUGGGUGAAGGCUUAGUAGAGGUAAUCGUUGUUCUUUUGGUGAUUAAGGAGAGCAGUGCCACAACAUGUUGCCAUUAAUGAAGACAUGACCCUCUCACAUGUUGCAAUUGAUGUGUGUGAUGUCUUUUGUAUGUUACAAUUAAUGUAGGUGAUAUCUUUUGCUUUUUGUAACUCUUGUGAAGAUGACCAUUAGGUACCAUGUGCCAUCUGUCUGACCUCCAUCUUGAAUCAUUUUGAAUAGUUUAUUCCAUUGUCACAUUUUGAUUGAUUACUUGAUGAUUAUCCAGUCUUCACAUGCCCUUAGGGAGUUGUCAAUGAGCAUUGUUCCAGGCCCUUGCUUGCCAAAUGGCACCUGAGAUUUGGCCCACUUAUCUCUCUCUCAAUUUCUUAUGCUAGAUUUUCUUAGAGCAGGAAAAAUGAAAAGAGGGCCCACAUUUUCCUAGGAUUUGGUGGCUAAAGGUUUGAGAUUCGAAGGUUUUCUUUGUGAUAUUCAUUGGCUUGUUACACCUCUUCUUGGUUUUUUUUUUCUUCCUUUUUUUUUUUCUCUCUUUGGUUUUUGUCUUUCUUCCCUUUAGUUUUCAUUUUCUUCUUAUAGGGUACUUCUUGUUCUCCCCCACCCUAAUGGCUAUGUUAAGAGUUAGUGUCUCUUGGAUGAUAAAGGAUUAUGACAUCCUUUCAUCAUCUAAGGUUGGUAGGUUUUGUCUUAAGGGUAGGUUAGAGGUACUCAUUGAGGGGGGCGUGUACCUCUUUAUCAAACACUAUGAAGUUAGUCUUCAAUUCCCCAUGCCUCUGCUAUUCAAACUUUCUUUUUGCCUAUGUUAGGGUCCCUGCCCAUAAGUUUAGCCCUAACAUCAUCAUGUUUUAGUAACGGUCUUGGGUUGCUACAUUGGCUUAGAAUGAGACUUAUUUCAAGUCAUCUGCCUUGCAUAUUUCUUUUGGUGAUCUUCAUCUUUAGAUGUUAGGGUCAGGUCAUGUAAUGUUCAUCUUAAACCUGUAGGAUCCAUGGGCAGUAUUUGUCACAAAGGGUCCAUGCCCGAACUCUUAGGCAAUUUCUAUCCUAAGGGUCUAGGGGGACAAUUCAAGCAAAUCUUGUCCUAUACUUGCUCAAACCCUUGGUUAGUUUUCUUUUGGUGAUCUUGAUCUCUAGAUGUUAGGGUCAGGUCAUGUAGUGUUCGUCUUAAACCUGUAAGAUCCAUGGGCAGUAUUUGUCACAAUGGGUCCAUGCUCGAGCUUCUGGGCAAUUUCUAUUCUAAGGGUCUAGGGGGACAAUUCAACCAAAUCUUGUCCUAAACUUGCUCAAACCCUUGGUUAGUUUUUGUCCCAAAGGGUCUACGCCUAGCCUAAAUAUCUGUGGGCCAAAUCCUAUGUGCCACAUGGCAAGUAGGGUUGGGCGAGAUAGAACGUCUUGUCAAUAAUUUGAACUUUAAAGGCGAGUAAAGAUUGAAUGACCAUCAACUGGUAGGUUAAGUUGAGACAAGGGAGUAACCUGCUAGGAUGUUUCAGAAGUAGGGGUGGCAAAUUUAACAUGACUAAAAAAUAACAUAAAAUUUAUGAGUUUGGGGUUGUAAUAUUGUUCUCAACUCAUAUAACUUGUUUAACAAAUGAUUUUUGUUUAGGUUUUAAUCGUAAAUUUGUUUAACUUAUUUAGUUAAUCAUGUCAAAAUGGCAUGAUUAAGACACGAUCUGUUUAUCACUUGUUUAACACAUAAAUUUAUUAUCUUUAUAUAUUUUAAAAAUUAUAAAAAUGUUUUAUCCUUUACUUAUAAAUAUCCUAUAGUUAAAUUAUUAAGCUAAUUAAAACAAAACUUAAUAUAUUAAAAAAAUUUAUAAAGAUUAUA